UAUCUCAGGGACAUUAUUUACAACAUGAUUGUUCAAGUCUUUUCAAAAUACCUGUAAUGACUACGGGCUGCACAUCCAUAAAUAAAUUAGUUAAACCAACUCAGGGACAUCUCACACUAAUUGCUCACUUUGUAUGCAAAUAUUGGACAUGUUAUUUCGACGGGGGGGAGUGGCGGGGCUGGGCUCUGUUGUCACUUGCCACCCAAGAUGUGAUUCAGCUGCAACAAUCACCAUUAUCUGGUCACCACUUUUAACGAUACGGGACGAAUCUGUAAUGAUGACGAGUGUUUCCUUCCGCCAUUGUUGAGGCAAUGGUGUUAUUCUUCUGUGCGGGUUCACACCUACCAUCAUUGGAUAACGGCACUCGAAUCAUUCAGGUACUUAGCAUCCUGGAGGAGGAUAUAUAAGCGGGCGAAGUACUGUUUAUACAAACACUGCACUACCUCGUGUCCACACACAGCCAGGGUAUUCUAGGUCGUCUGUGACUCUGACUGCGCACGCUUAGCCAUUUUUUGAUACGUCGCUUUUGCUCCUAUAUCAACGGCCUCUCUCCUUUGGAUAGUUUUCACGCACAAGGAUUCCGUUUUUUCCGGAAGCAAUGGCUGGUGCUGCAAAGUUCAGUUUUUCCGUGAGGAGCAUCCUGGAUUUGCCUGAAAAUGACGCAGAGACAGUGCAGCGGGGCUCCCCCGGUAACUCCUGCUCCAGCUCCCCUUACUCCUCCUGGAUGGACAGCGACCGGACCCCUUGUCUCUCUUCAGAUGAGAGCAGCCUGGAGACUGCCCCAGACUCAACCAAGUCAGAUGAGUAUUCUCUGGACUCAGGGGCAGAGAAGAAGAAGUGCCGCGUGCUCUUCUCCAAGGCCCAGACAUUCGAGCUCGAGAGGCGCUUCUGUCAGCAGCGCUAUCUGUCAGCACCAGAGCGCGAGCAGAUUGCCCAUAUUCUCCGCCUGACGCCGACGCAGAUUAAGAUCUGGUUCCAGAACCACCGGUACAAAAUGAAGAGGUCACGAGCGGAGGGAACGUCACAAGACAUAAACCAACCGUCUAUGUUGCGCAGAGUAGUGGUACCCAUCCUAGUUCGGGAUGGCAAGCCUUAUCAGACCUGUUUCAUUGACACGGAGAAAGGAGGCUGUCUUGGGCCGACCACAUUCCCGGGUACACCCUUCAGUUUUGGGUACCAGUCUUUCCAGCAUCCGUCGCCGUUCGCUCUACCUCAACAAUACCAGCACUUUGCCAGCCCGGCAGCAUCCAGACACACCUUUGCUUGGAGAGACUUUCUGAACGACUCAGCUCAAUUCAGUGCUUUUACGUGACUAUAAAAUAUUAAGUAGAGGAACACUUACAACCACUUUAAAUGUUUUCUGAAUUAUCUUAUUUUUCGAGGUACUUAAAAGUGUACUAAUAAGUACAGUAAUGUUUUUUUAUGAGAAGUAUUUUGCACAUAUUUUAUUUUUGGUAUUUUAUUAAAUGAAUUGAAUGAUAUUCUCGAAAGAUUGGAAUCGUUAUUAGUUUAUUGUAAUCUGAUGGUAGGCCUAUGGACAUUCUACUCCUAGAUUCAACCCCCCAAUUCGAUAAUGUGGUGUAUGCAAGCCUGAUUUGUGUGUAGCCUAUAUUUUAUCAGUAUUUUCAAUGUUCAGUUAUUUGUAUGAAUUUCAAAUCUACACAAUGAUAUUUAUCAAAUGUACUAGGAAAGUAAAGGAUUUCAUUGAUUUAAAUAUUCCGUUUUUCA